AUGAGCGUGAUGGAUGGCCUCUUCUCUUUCCACUUCGCGCCGGACCCUACUGGCAGCUUCCUCCUAAGCCCCACAGUAUUUCGCAUCUUCUUUCUUAGUAUCCUUCUCCUCAUCUUGACUCCCUUCUUCUCCGGCCGCAAACUACCACCCAAUGCCCCCGUCUUUGGCUAUCGGUCCUUGCUCGAGCCGACCUUCCUCCUGCAGAGCCGGUUUAUCCUGGGGGCCUGUGGCAUCAUCCACAAUGCAUACACCACUAUGAAAGGCAACCCGUUCGUUCUGCGACGGUGGGAUGUUGACUUCCUGGUUCUGCCGAUGAGGUAUCUCGAGGAGAUUCGACUGUACCCUCCCUCCAAGCUUAGUAGCAAGGGCGCUCAGACUGGGAAUCUAGCGCCUGAAUACACCUCGAUGCAAUUCCUAUACCACUCCAACCUCCACCUCGACGUGCUCAAAAAGAAGCUCACGCCCGAGCUGUACACCUAUGUGGACAAGGCCAGCGAAGAGUUGGUCUAUGGAUGGGAGCAGGAUUUACCGCACACUGAUGAAUGGACCCCCGUCCUCAUUGAGCAUCACCUCCGCAUGCUCGUCGCCCGCAUGACAGCCAAGGUCUUCAUGGGGGCGCCGACGUGUCGCGACCCGGACUGGCUGCGCAUCUCGAUCGACUUCUCCGUGGACCUGUUCACCACGGCCUUCACUAUCAAGAUGUUCCCACCCUGGCUAUACGGGAUUGUCGCGCGGCUCGUGCCCGCUCGCUAUCGCACCUUCCGGCAACUGAAGACCGGUCGCCGCAUCGUGGGCGAGCUCACGGAGCGGCACCGGCUGGCUCAGGAGAAACGCCGGCGCGGGGAAGCUGUCGAAGAAGAAGACACCUUACUGAACUGGAUGCUGGACCACGGUACUCCAAGUGAGGUCGAGGUAUACGAGAUGGGCGCCCGCCAGUGCGUCCUGACCCUGGCCAGCAUCCACACCACCGCCUCCAACGUGUCCAACAUGCUGUACGACCUCUGCACGUACCCCGAGUGGUUCACUGAGCUACGGACCGAGGUCCUCGCCAUCGCUGCGGAGUUGGGCGGUCCCCCCGGUCAGGAAAAUCCUCCCGUCAGUGCGAAAGAGUGGUGUGCGCGAUUGGACAAGUUGGAUAGUUUCUUUGUAGAAAGUCAGAGACAUAGUCCUGUUCUUCUCCUGAACCCCCAAAGACUCGCCUACCAAGACAUCACCCUGAAAGACGGUACCUUCAUCCCUAAGGGAUCCCGACUCGCCUUCGCCAACUACGAGCACUCGAUGGACGAGGCCGUUUACCCGGACCCUCGGACCUUCGACCCCAUGCGCAGCUACCGGAAACGCAUGUCCCACCCCGAUCAGCGUGAUCGACACAAGGCCGGCAUGACCCAUCCAGACAACCUGGCCUUCGGGUACGGGAAUCAGGCCUGCGCCGGCCGCCAGUUUGCCGUCGCUGAGAUCAAGAUGAUCAUGGCGCGGUUGCUGUACGACUUCGAGUUCGACUUUCCCGCCGAUUGGAAGGCGAGAGGGCGACCGAAAACCAUGCAUAUCAAUGAGAAUUGCUUUACCAAUCAGGGAGUAAAGUUGCUGAUGAGAAAGAGGACAACGACGAUGAGAGGGAAGUCGGUGUAGAAGGGUGUGAUUGGCGGAUGCCAAUGGAGACUUAGGGUAGAACAGGCUUCGAGAGAAUUCCCGGACUUGGGCCUGAACGACAAUGUUAUUAGAUCGAUAAACAUUUUGACACUGUACCGGGACAUCUGAACAUGGAGAAGAUAUAAUUCCGGAUCGGUCUUGCUGAAGCACAUUGAAUAUGUCGGUGAACGGUG